AUGUUGGAUGGACUGGUGAAUGUGGGAAGUGUGGACUGCACACCUAAAGGAGACAGUGCCUUGUGUGAACGUCUGGACGUCACCAGCGGGGUUCGAUACUAUCCAACUCAGAAUGUGGACAAGGACCAUGAAAAGGUGAUGAGCUCAUUGGAUCCAAAAGAGCUCGUGGAAGAAGCGCUUUCAUACGUGGAUGAUCUGGAAGAGAUUGAAGAAAAGGAUGUUCACGAACUCCUAGAAGAGGAAGCCACAAGUUUGCCGACCGCUGUUUGGUUUGUUCCUAAUAAGGAAUCGCUGAAAGAACGAAAAGACUACAAGAGACUGCCCCUGUUACUCCCUGAUGUGAAG